UCGCUUCUCUGCGCCUCUCUAUCUCGUCGCUUCCGAUCGAAAUGCCUGCCCAAAAGCGCCCGAUGCCUCCUCCGCCGCCGCCGCCUCUGCCCUCCGAUGACGCCCCUCCGGAGCCCCCUUCGCAGCUGCAGCAGCAGGAGGAUGAGGAAGAGGAAGCCGUGGUAACGGCGGUUAAGGAGGAGGAGAAAUCGCCCUCCAAUCUGCCUCAGGAACAGGAUGGUAGUUGCGAGGGGGAAGGUGGCGACAGCGAGUCGGAAGAUGAUGAGGACUACGCGGAUGAAUUUGUCGUAGUGAAAUUAGCAGACAUACGCAAAGAGGUACAAUGCCCUAUCUGUUUAGGUAUAAUCAGGAAAACGAGGACGGUCAUGGAAUGCUUGCACCGGUUUUGCAGGGCAUGCAUCGACAAAUCAAUGCGGCUGGGGAACAAUGAAUGUCCAGCAUGUCGUACUCAUUGUGCGAGUCGACGAUCUUUAAGAGAUGAUCCAAAUUAUGAUGCGCUGAUUGCAGCUUUGUACCCAGAUAUUGAUAAAUAUGAGGAAGAGGAGCUAUCUUUUCACGAAGAAGAGAUGUACCGGAACAAGAAGCUACAAGAAUCCAUAGCUGAGAUAUUUCGACGACAAUCUGAGGCUGUUGGUAAGAGAAAAUCAACAGCAAAAUCCACAGCUGCAGCUUUUGUUAGAAGAUCACAGGGAAGUUAUCGCAACUAUGGGAGAGGUGGUAGCUGCGGUCGUGAUGCUACAGCUGCAAGCUCAGAUGAUGAUGAUGACGACGAAGCAAAUGCAAAUGAUAUAGUAAACAAUGAUUCAUCUGCAGAUGAGCCCUCUCCUGAUAGAAGGCCCAAAAAAAGACGCAAGAGGUGGAGCACGCCACGAUCCUCCCCUGCCAAAAUCAAUGCGGGUGCUGGCAGCGAUGAUAAUGUUGAUAAUGAAGCUAACAGAGAACACAUUGGAACAUCUUUGCAAGCAGGGAGCAGAGAUAUUCUUGCAUGGGGUAAGAAUGGCGCACGUAGCCAAACUAGACAUGGUAAUAUGAGCGGCUUAAAUGGUCGGAUGAUCAAGGGUGGGCGAAUAACCAAAUUGGUGGACUAUCUCCGAAGUCUAGAUGACAAUGACGAUGAGCUCGAUGUGUAUCUGACCUUGGUUCCUUUGGACAAAGAGAGAGUACCAAAUUUGGAACAGCUGAAUCUUUGUUGCCGACCGACAUUAUCAAUUAGACACCUCUGCAACUAUAUUGCUCUUCAGACAUCAAUUCCAUCUGAAGAAGUUCAGAUAUAUACGAGAACACUGGAAUGUGGAGCCUCUGCAACCAACCAAUCGAGUUCCAUGGAUACAGCUAGUAGCGAACUAUUUUCAGGCUUGCAAAAGUUAGAAGAGCAAGAAUCACUUUUAACCUUGUACAAUUCCUUCCUCAUCAAAGGGGAGUUGGUUUUGAUCUACCAUACGGGAAUACAAACAUAGAAAGGGCUCAACAGUUCUUCAUUUAUUUCCUGAAUUCAACGGCGUCCAAUCUAAUCUCUCGGGAUGUAUAUAUUAUACAGACAAGAUUUCAGGAGGAUUGGCUUCGCUCAUGGCAAUAGCUUCAGGAUUUCAUCAAAGAUGGGUGAAAGUAGGUCUUGUUAGUGUUCAAGAAUUAACAUGAUCCUACCGAUUACCUUCAAAGGUCUUCAAAAUUGUCUCGUAAAAGGAAUCUCUACUUUCAAUUGGUAUUCUUCACUUUGUUACAAAACAUUUCUGAGAAUGAUUCUCGACGAGUUGUUUCGCUAUUGAAUCUGUGUUGCUCUUCACAGUUGUGAUUUAACAGUCUAUGGAAGAAAUAUUGCAUAGAGUUCGACGAUAGUGAGAUAUAGCUGAUUUGUAAUUUGUUGCAAUUCGAAUUGUCGUUAUGGUGGUUGUUAUUUUACCA